AUGGCGGAACUGUCUGCGCAUACGCCCCGCUAUCUGACCGGCGACAAGGCCGGUCUCAAUGAAUUUCUAUCAAAGUUCGAUGUAUUCCUUUUCGACUGCGAUGGAGUGUUAUGGUCUGGUGACCACCUGUUUCCCGGGACAGUAGAGACAUUGGAGCUUCUUCGGAAGAAUGGAAAGCAAGUCGUCUUCGUGACAAACAACAGCACCAAGUCGCGCGCCGACUACCGCAAGAAAUUGGAGGGCCUCGGUAUUCCCAGCACAGUGGAAGAAAUCUUCUCCUCAUCAUACAGCUCCUCCAUUUACAUCUCCCGCAUCCUGAAACUCCCCGAAAACAAACGCAAAGUCUACGUGAUCGGUGAAACGGGCAUCGAGCAAGAGCUCCAAUCGGAGAACGUUCCCUUCAUUGGCGGCACAGACCCAGCCUACCGCCGCGACGUCACACCAGAGGACUACAAGAAGAUCGCAGCAGGUGAUGGAUCAAUCAUAGACCCAGAAGUCGGAGUCGUCCUUGUCGGUCUGGACUUCCACAUGAACUACCUUAAGAUCGCACUCGCAUACCACUACAUCAAGCGUGGUGCCAUCUUUCUCGCAACUAACAUCGACUCCACAUUGCCCAACUCCGGGACUCUCUUCCCUGGUGCUGGCUCUAUGAGUGCGCCGCUUAUCAUGAUGUUGAACAAGGAGCCUGUUGCGCUUGGAAAGCCUAGUCAGGCUAUGAUGGAUGCUAUUGAGGGCAAGUUCCAGUUCGAUCGGAGCCGUGCUUGCAUGGUCGGUGAUCGGGCUAAUACUGAUAUUCGCUUUGGGCUUGAGGGGAAGCUUGGUGGUACACUUGGUGUGCUGACUGGUGUUUCUUCUGCGGAGGAUUUUGUUUCUGGGGAUGUUAAGCCUCAUGCUUAUUUGGAUAAGCUUUCUGAUCUUCUUGGGUCGGAGUGA